AUGGCUUUCCUAAUGAAAAGCAUGUUGAGCAACCAAGUGAAAAAUUUGGGACUUGGUGGAGGGGGUGAUGAAGCCAAGGAGGAAGCAGCACCCGCUGACCCAGCUGCAGCCGCAGGGAUGACCCGGGAAGAAUAUGAGGAAUAUCAGAAGCAAGUGAUAGAAGAAAAGAUGGAAAGAGAUGCAGCCUUUGCAACAAAAAAGGCCGAGAGAGCCGUCCUGAGGGUCCAUUUGCGAGAGAAGUACAGGCUCCCAAAGAGUGAAUUAGAUGAGAAUCAGAUCCAGAUGGCUGGGGACGACGUGGGCUUGCCGGAAGACCUCCAGAAAAUGGUGGCGGAAGAUCAAGUAGAGGAAGAAGACAAGGAUUCUAUACUCGGGCAACUUCAGAACAUCCCGAACAUGGACAUGGAUCAAAUCAAAGAAAAGGCCCAGGCCACCCUCACUGAUAUUAAACAGGCAGCUGGGGAGAAGUGUUCUGUAAUGUAA